CGAUCACGUCAUACAUUUUUCUUAUUUCAGCUCAGGUACUUUCCCUCUCUCUCUCUCUUCAAAGCUCAACCUUCUCAGCUGAAGACUGAAAAGAAAUAGGGGAAAACCAAAAAAACCCAGAACUGUAAUGUCAGAUAAUAGGGAUAAUGACACUUCAACAUCGGUUGGUAAUUCAUUUGGAAAGCUUCCUGAUCAUCUCCUAAUUGAAAUUUUCAUCAGAGUACCAGUUUCAGAGUGGGCAGAAUUAUCUUGUGUUAAAAAACAGUGGGCCAACUUGUUUCGUGGAGAGUGCUUGUGGCAAGCUGCUCUAAUGAGAACAUUUCCUUCGGCCAGCCAAGUUAAAAGGUGGCCUGGACCUAUUCCUCAAGGACUAAGCAAAAGGAGAUUUGCUGCUUUAUAUGUUAGUAAACACAUCUUUGCUCUAGAAAAUGAGAUAGAUGAGAUUGUGGGCCAUACAUAUUUAUUUUUGAAAGAGCAGCUUGAACUUUCAACUAUGCCACCUCCCUCUGGGGUACUUCAUGGAACCAUAAUUGCAGAUCAAUUUAUUGCUUGUGGGAAGUCAAGAGACACAGCCCACGAGCUUGCUUCACAGAUUUGGCUGGCAGUUCUUGACAAUUUGGAGGAAAAUCAGCACACAUUUCUUUCACUUAAGCACCUUGCUCUGGAGGGGGAUGUUUUUCUUCCAUACCCAUACUCUAGAUCAAUUAAAGUCCAAUGGAAGGUGUUUGAGAAGCUUUUCACUGAUUUCCGUGACUGCCUCAACCGUGCAGAUUACUAUGACGUGCUGGCAAUGGCAAAGAACAAGUUUCAACCAAUACCGUCUGCAUGGUUAGGUUACUAGUGUUUCAAAAGUAUACGGUGGAUCAAUUUAUCCAGAAAAGGAGAAAGAGUAUAUCCUGGAUUAGGCAAACCAAUUUGUGCAUACGAACACAAAAGUAUUGACCUCCAGCCCUGCUGCAUUACUUGGUAGCAUCAUUGGGUAAAAGAUGUCAUUGCCCUGUUCCAUAAACAAGUGUACAUUGUGUCCUAUGAAUCAACAAUUGUUAGAAAGUGUUGAAUACCACAAACUUAUGUAAACUCCCUUACCGGUUAGUUUAUAUUUUUCAAAUAAAAAAGAAGUAAUUCUUA